AGCCGCCGCCACCGUGGCUCCCUCAGCCCCGCGGCGCGCUCGUGCGUGGCCCGCAGCCGGGUGCAGAUGCCCCGGCGCUGCACGUGCCUGGUCGGCGCUGUUGCCCUUGAUGCGCGCCGCUGUGCGCAAGCGCGCGCAUAAGUUGGCGGACUGGGUCUAGAAGGACAGAAACGGCACAAGCAGAAUCUCUCGGAGGUCCACGCGGAUUUCUCGCAUCGGCGCUGGGCCCUCCCUGGCGGCUCCUCCAGCGCCACCCCUUGCGCGCUCCGCGCGCCAGGGAGGCGGACCCAGCGCAGAUCCGAGAAAACCGCGCGGAACUCCGAGAAUUUAGUUGUAUGCCCAUGUUUGUUCCUCUAUUGAUCGCCAGCCAGUCGAGAUCAAUGGUCAGUCGCAGUGGCUUUGUCAAUCACGAUGCGGCGGCGCUUGUUUGGUCAUCAGCCACGGAGCUGGCGGCUCUUCUGUCGAAGGGUGCGGUCAGCUCAAGAGCUCUGACUGAGGCGUACAUCUCACGAAUACAGGCUUUGGACGGCCCAGUAAACGCCGUGGUGGUGCGCUGCUUUGAUGCUGCUCGGGAGCGCGCUGCAGAAGCUGAUGCGGCAUUGGCUAGGGGCCGUGUAUGGGGGCCGCUCCAUGGUGUUCCCAUCACUGUGAAGGAGAACAAUGACGUCAAGGGGCUGCCCACUACGCUGGGGAAUCUUGCAAAAAUAAACAAUAUCGCGGCGUCGAACUCGUUGGUGGUGCAACGACUGCUGGAUGCUGGCGCGGUGCUCUUGGGCAAGACCAACUUGGCGCUGGACUUGAACGAUGUGCAGUCAUACAAUGACGUGUACGGACGCACGUGCAAUCCUCAUGACAUCAGCCGCACGCCAGGUGGUAGCAGCGGAGGCUCAGCGGCAGCACUGGCUGCAGGCUUCACAGCUCUGGAGCUCGGCGGUGACAUCGGCGGUUCCAUCCGCACGCCAGCCCACUGCUGCGGCAUUUUUGGCCAUAAGGCCACACUGGGUGCAAUUCCAGUAACAGACCGACCAUCGCGUCAGGCAGAUAUUGUGGUCAAGGGACCUUUGGCACGCUCUGCAGAAGAUCUAGAGCUUAGCAUGCGUCUCCUAGCCAGGGCAGCUGGUCCUGCUGCACGUGCUUGGAGUUUAACCCUUCCCGAAAGCGAGUCGACGAAAUUGUCUCAUUUCCGCGUGGCCGUGUGGGGAGACGACCCAGUUUGCCCAGUGGACAGCCACGUGCGAGCAGCUAUAAAGCGUGUAGUGCUUUGCUUGAGACAGGCGGGUUGCGAGGUUGACGAGGCUGCACGGCCGGAUGUCGAUAGUGUCAGGGCCUUUCGAGUGUACAAGCAGCUGCUGGCAUCUGCCGAAAACGCUGGCAUCCCUGACGUGGAGUUGCAGAGACUCGUAUCCAAAAGCAAAGGCACCGUGCUGGAAGAGCAGACUGGCUGGAUCGCUCAGACUUAUAACCGCUGGCAUGAUGCUGAUGCUGAGCGACAGGUGAUGCGAGCUGCAUGGGAAGAGUUCUUCACGUCAUUUGAUGUCUUAGUUUGUCCAAUUUGUUGUUCGAUUGCGUGGCCCCAUGACCACUCUGGCGAAACAGAUCAGCCAUUCUGGAAAAUCGGGGAGCGUGUCAUCCAUGGCGCCGAAGGCCAUACGACGCCAUACCAUGACCAAGUCUUUUGGAGCGGCCUGACGAACAUAUGCGGCAAUCCCAGUACUGUCUUCCCAGCUGGCUUUUUUACGUCCAACAAUGGCACCAGACUUCCAGUUGGCUUACAGAUAGUCGGCCCGGAAUGGGGAGAUCUCACCACCAUCGCAUUUGCAAAGGCACUAGAAGUGGAGGCUGGCUUUAAGUUCGAGGCGUGUCACGAUUUCCGGUCGAUGCUGUAAGCAUUUGUUCCUGAAUGGUUAUGCAUUAUUUCUUGAACGUGCGUGGCAACGCGAUCAAUCACAUCUUCGGCGCCACGUCUAUGGUAAGCACAAUUCACCAGAUUCGCCUUUGUAAUCUGUAUUGUUUUUUUCCAGCAUGUUCGCCACCUGUUUCUCAACAGUCCUCGAUGCUGAGUCUCUGCCUGGAGCAGGACGCAUUGCUUCUCAGGGAGAGAUCAGACGCCUUUCCUUAAACAGCGCAUGCAGUAAGAGACUUAGAUUGCUUGAACCGAGCACGUGCCUAUCUUGCAGAAUACGAGCAAUGUGCCGCCGACCUGCCGUGCUGUGGCCGUGUGCGCGUGCAAAUGCAUUGGGCGGCGGAGAAUGUGCAGUGCCGUGCCUUCGAGAUUCCAGGAGAGAGCCCCCCGAAUCGGUCCGGGCGUGAAUGGUGCCUCCUGUCGAGAGGCUUCCGCCGCUUGCCAGGGUGCUCUGUGGCAUCCAGCGCG